AUUGUAAAUUAUUUUCCAAGGAAAACGCUAAAACACGAUUUUAGAACCUAUGGCACUUAAUUUGUAAAGCACAAAAAAAAGUAAUUCAUGAUGAACAAUUCCUUGAAACUUUAAACAUCCGCUAAUGGAAAUGAGCUGUCAUUCAUAAGACAUUUUUUUUUUGAUUAUCUUAUCAUUUCUCCAGCAAAGCCGAAUCCUGAAAAAAAAAAUUAAAGUGGCGAUUUGAAAGUGUCAGAUGCAAGCUGAGCUGAACGAUGUCCCCUCGAAUUGUAGUUGCUAUCCAAACACAAAUAAACAGAGAAGAGCAUUGGAGUUAAUCACUGGGAGAGGGCGUGUCCUAGGGCGGGACCGCUAAGCCAGUGCCCGAGCCCUAAAAAGUGAAGGACCUGCAGCCCACAGCUCGCAUUCAAGUCCGACUCAAAGAGAGCACGCGACUCUGUUGGUCUUGUCUUGAGUCCUGUAGCAAAUGUAAUCUUCUACACUCUGAGCCAAUUUGUUGUUUUUUUAUUCCUUUCAAAACAUGUGCAAAGUCUAACGUCUAAGAGUAUUUAGCUUUAAAAGCAACCAUGAACUGUAUAUGGAAGAACUUGGAAGGCUUUUGCUGACGUUUAAUUGGAGUUCGUCGCCUAACCGUAGACAUUGUGGAUUACCGAAAGACUGCAGAACACUCUGCCGUCGACUUUUUGCAUCGAUUUACUGGGGGAACUGUAAGGACAUUUCAGCAGGAGGUUCGUCUGCGAAGCUGAAAAUGGGAAGUAAAGCGUUACCGGCGCCGAUCCCGCUCCACCCGUCGCUUCAGCUCACCAACUACUCAUUCCUCCAGGCUGUUAAUACCUUUCCCGCGGCAGUCGAUCAGCUGCAGGGACUUUACGGUCUCAGUGCUGUACAAACCAUGCACAUGAACCACUGGACUCUGGCCUACCCGCACAUGCAGGGACUGAGGUCAACCAUCACAGAAAUGGCAGGUGCCCAAGGCCUCGUGGAUCCGCGGUUUCCUCUGCCGGUAUUGCCGUUUGCCGCGCACCUCUUCCAUCCGAAGCAAGGCGCUAUCGCUCACGUUAUCCCGUCCCUGCACAAAGACAGGCCGCGCUUUGACUUUGCCAACCUCGCCAUAGCAGCCACCCAGGAGGACCCUCCUAAAUCGGGGGACAUUUCCAAGCUGACUGCUGGCCUCGGGAGCACGAUUUCUGAGCUAAACAAACUGUCCCCGGACAGAAAACCGACGAGAGGAAGGCUGCCGUCGAAGACAAAAAAGGAAUUUAUUUGCAAGUUUUGUGGCAGGCAUUUCACCAAAUCAUACAACCUGCUCAUCCACGAAAGAACCCACACCGACGAAAGACCGUAUACCUGUGAUAUCUGCCACAAGGCCUUUAGAAGACAAGAUCACCUGAGAGACCAUAGAUACAUCCAUUCCAAAGAAAAGCCUUUCAAGUGUCAAGAAUGUGGGAAGGGAUUUUGCCAGUCUCGAACUUUAGCCGUCCACAAAACAUUACAUAUGCAGGAAUCGCCUCACAAAUGCCCCACAUGCGGAAGAACCUUUAAUCAAAGAAGUAAUCUGAAAACUCACCUUCUCACCCAUACAGACAUCAAGCCCUACAGCUGUGACCGCUGCGGAAAGGUGUUUCGGCGCAACUGUGACUUGCGACGGCAUAGUCUGACGCAUACUCCCGCUCCGGACUACUAGCCACAAAGGCUCCACAUCUAAAAAAAAUAUGGAAGGAAAAAAAAACAAGAGAACUAAAACAUCAACGACUUUUUGAAGACAAGACAAAUGCUCUGAGGACCGCUAUGAACGCUUCAGAAAUGGACUGACGAACUUUGAACAAGGGGAGAGGAGAGCAUCACCGGUGACCGUUUUUUUCGACCUAUCGUUUAAAUACCAAAGCUGUCGCAUCCUCUGUAAAUACUGCUUCUUAUUAGUCUUUGAAAUGAAAAUGUAAAAAGAGGUAAUGUUGUUUAAUGAUGGACAUAUGUCAAAUUGUAUUUUAGAAAUAAAGAAAGUUUACUAUUCGCGCUGGAAAAUGGUACUAUUUUGUUUAGUUCGUUUCUUUUUUGGGUGAACUACAAAUAUCAUAUUUUAUUAAACCUUUUGGAAUGAAUACCUGCAAUGAUCACCCAUAAUAAACGACUGUACACACGACGGUGGGAAUUAUUAAAGCACCAUUCCUUAAUUGUGCACCUUUUUUUGCAUCGGUUUGAAAGUUAUUUUGCGGGCACCACCUGACAUUCCGGGAAUUACCACGUGCUUGGCUGAAACCAUGUUAUUUAUGAAGAAAAAAUAAAGAAAACCUAUUUGUAAAGUU